UCGGAAGAGCUCACAUUAGGCGGUAUCCGAUUUACUACAUUUGAUCUCGGUGGUCACGCACAAGCUCGUCGUGUAUGGAAAGACUAUUUCCCUGCCGUAGAUGCGGUUGUUUUUCUUGUUGAUUGCGCAGAUAUAGAGCGCAUUCCAGAGAGCAGGACGGAGUUGGAAUCUCUUAUCAGAGACGAGCAGGUUGCUGGAGCUCCAAUUCUUAUUCUCGGCAACAAAAUCGACAAAUCAACAGCUCUCAGCGAAGAUCAACUCAAAUGGCAACUUGGUAUUCAGCAUAUGUGUACUGGAAAAGGCGUAAAUGGCAAAUCUAAGGCUGUGUCACGUCUUCUGAUUGACAUCAGUUUGGACUCGCGAAAGCCGCUCUAG